AUGCGUGGUUUCAGUGGUCAACCAUUGAGUGAUGAUGAUAAUUAUAGAAUUGAAAAGACUCAAAGGAACACAAUUCCUGAACGUCUCCAUUUUAGCAGAGAGAGAAAUAUGCCCAUUGCAAGUAUAUUCGGGACUAGAGGAUAUUUUGUAUUCUCAAGUGAGCAAUCCUAUGACAAAUUCAAACAGACAAACUUUAAUAUCAGUACUCUAGAUGCGGAUGGUGUAGGUGUUCCUCUUUUUCAUAUUGUCCAAAGUUAUAACGUUAUUGGCAAAAUUACUCGGAGCUCGCCGGAUUUCUAUAUCUACAAGUACGUUUUACAAGGGGUGCAAGAUCCGCCUUUAUACUCUGAUUGUAAAGUUAUUUGUCAAGAUAAAGUUUUUCGUUUAUGCAAAAUUUUAUAUUGUGAAAUUUAUGCUCAUCAAGGAUUUUUUGAAACUAAAUACGAUUUCUUCUAUCCUUCUAAAACGCAGCCGGUCAAAAAAUACCAAAUAAUCAAACAAAGUAAUAUGCGAGAUCUAUAUUCCACUUUGGACGGUAUGCGUUUUCGUUGGCAUGUGAAAUUCUACAGCGAUCAUUUUCGAUUGAUGUUCCUAGAUGAGGACAGGCUCAAUUACUCAAAUAGUAACCAAAAGGAAAGGCAAAAACCAGAUCAAGGAAAAAGUAAGGCUCCAGAUUUCGUAAUUGGCCAUUAUACAAGAACUUUUUCCGAUAUACUCCCUAGAUCCACGUCAAAAUGCUCCAAUCUUAUUAUUGGAGAACACUCAAAGCCAGACUCUCUUGGUAUCACGACCGUUCCUGAUUUGACUCAGGAAUUUGCCUGUCAGGGAGCUUUAAUCCAUUAUCUGCUGCAUAUAGAACGAGAAAGAAAAUAA